CUCAAUAACAAUAGAUUUUUUUCUAGUCGUCAUAUAUCUUAAUAUAUUCAAUCAGAAAUGGAUAAUCACGCAAUGAUGGAGAAGAUAGAUGUGAAGCCAUGCUCUUCAUUGCUUAGAUUACAGAAUAAUUUUUCAGUUAAUUCAGCAGUAAAUGAAUUGAGCCUUAUCAGUUUACAUUACAAUUUAUCAACUAAAUGUAAUGAAAAUUUUUUAGUUGGGGAGGAAGACCUUAUUUCUCAAAGGUUGUUAAAAUCAUUUCAGGGGCAUCUUUUAGAAGAUUAUUCGCCUAGAAAAGUUAUUGCGGAUGGCAAUUGUUUUUAUCGUUGCUUGUCUCUAGCAAUUUUUGGUCAUGAGGAGGAACAUCUCUACAUGAGACUCUUGACAGCAAUUGAAAUAAUAAUUAAUAGAAAGUAUUAUGAUAUAGAUGAUAAAUUUUACAGUAGUAAUAAAACAAUAAGUGAUGAAAGAAUUUCCACUACUGAUUACAAUCAUAUUUUAAAUGAUGCAUUGAUGGUAGGAGGCUGGGCACAAAUGAUGCAUCUUUAUACAUCAAGUGCAGCUUUGGGAAAAGCAUUUCAAUCUUAUUGUCCACCUUCUAAUCGUGGGAUGUAUAGCGCAUAUACCACACCAGUAUAUGGGCGGGCCGUAAGAAGAACAAGUUCAAAUAACUUAGUUUUUAUGUGGUCGAGUUUAAAUUACCCCGAUAAAUUGGCAAAUUUUAAACCAAAUUAUUUCUGUUACCUACAAUCAUUACCAUCGAGUCCUCCACCAAUUAUUAGUCAUUUGUCACCUAGAAUUGAUGUAGCACCAUUUAUAUUUCCAUUAAUUGAAAAUAAUUCCCAACAUAUUUUUCCACCUCCAAUCGAAUAUCCACCUAUUAUUAGCUAUUUACCAACUAUUUUAUCUGAUGAUGGUUUACUAUUCGAUUCUCCAAUUUCUGUUGACAAUGAUUCUCCACCUAUCUCACCUUCAAUCAAAUCCCUGUCUAGUAUGAGUCAUUUAUCACAUAUUUCAUCAUCAGCAAAUAAUCCUCCACAUAUUUUUCAACCUCUAAUCAAUUCCCCAUCUAGUAUCGCUUUUUUAUCACCCGUUUUGAUGCCAGCUAUCCUUAAUGAUUCACUAUUCAUAUUUCCAUCUUCAGUUAACAAUAAUUCUCCAACUAUUACUAAUUUAUCAUCAAUUGUUAGUAGCAGCUUACCUUUUUUAGACACCGAUAUUAUUAUAAAUGUUAUUGAAUCCCAUAAAUAUUCUAGAAUCAAUACCAACCGGUAUCAAAAAGUAUCAAAAACAAUGUUAUAUUUACAAUAAGUAAUAAAGAGAAUAUGGUUUUGAAAGAAAGGGGUAAAAAAUUAGUGUAUGGCGACGAUUGUGGCGCGUGGACUGGUACAUCCACAGGUACAACAAAAUAUUAUUAUAGUAUAAAUAUCAAUGAUAAUACAAUUAGCAGUGGUCCUAUGGUUAUUAAGGAUGGCUUAUUUGGCAAGUCCACCACAAAACGAUAUAAUCAUAUAUUUAUUGCAGCAAAACCACAACCAAAUCCUCAGGAUUUAGUAAUUUUAAAUCGUUAUUAUACAAAAUUGAAAAAUUGUGAAACGUAUAAAAGAAGAAUAUGCCAUUUAGAUAAACAUUUAAAUAGCUCAGUUCAUCUUAUUCAAUCUAUAUUUAUAAUUGAAUACAUAGGAACAUAUCCAGGGUUGUUUCCACAUGGAAACAACAGAAACUACUAGGGGUUUAUAGUCGUACCCCAGUUUGUAUAAUGCGACAAAUUAAGGAAAAGGUAGUGCAUCAGCCUCCAAAAGACGUGUACCAAGAUUUAAUAGCUAAUGAAGAAAAUUAUUUUACUCCCAGAGAUAUCAAACAAAUUCGUAAUAUACAAUUUAACGAAUUGCAUAAAAUGAUUCUUGUUAUUUGAAAAAUUUUUCUGA